ACAAUAACGUGAACUAUAAGAAUUAUAAGUUCAUCAAUGUAACAGUUGUAAUAACUGUUAAAUAGGACAUUCCCAAUUUAGAACAACGUGUUAUUUUAGAAAUGUAUGGUUUAUGUUUAAAAAAGUAUUUUUAAACGCAUUUACAAUGAAGGUAUAUUAAAAAAGCCUUGAUGCGCGUUACUUCAAAAGUAUAGCGGCUAAUGAAUGCAAUUAUAUUUACAAGAAUGUUAACUGGAGCGUUAGAGUAUAUUGUUUUAUGUGUUAUUAUUAUGUUGUUGUUUUUUUAAAAGAUUUUAACCUGAGUAUGUUUGACUUGUAACGAGUAUGUAUAACACCGUUGUAGUUAAACAUAAUCAUGUGAGCAUACGUUGUGGAAGCCGUUUUUGUUUUCAAGAAUGACCAGUAUUUUAGUAUUUUAGAAAAUUGUCGGGUUUGACGCGAAAUGGUUCAUUACAAUCUCAUCAGCACAAACGAAUCAGAAAGUACACUUUAUUAACGCCUUUAUUUUUUUAACAGAACCAAUUGAAAUAUGUUCCCGUUUGCUUCUGAAUGGGCAUUGUGGAAAUGUUCUUACCGAACUCUGCGAGACGGCUGCAAAUCGGGACUGUCUGCGAGAUGUAUUACAAAGCUACGUUCAUGAUUUUACUCACACGCUCUACAAGCCGGAAAGGGAAGGUGAAUUCGAUAUUGUGUGUGAAAGAAUAAUGUCGAAGGCAAUACAGAUAUGCCAAAAUAGCGGAAUACACAAAGACCUAAUAGAGCAUAUCAUAUGUGUCCACAUUGCACAUGAACGUUCGUCAUACCUCUUUACGGUUUUUAGAUCAAUGAACAGUGUAUGGGAACAAUGUAGCAACGCCAUAAAAACGAAAGAUUUGUCUGUGGACGACAAUGUGUUUAUACUUACUGCAUUGCAUGGCCUUGUAACGGAUCUCACACCAACUUCUAAUGGGCUUAAGGAAGGCUCAGCACAAAGAGACUGGCUUAAAAAAGUUUCAUUUUACCGCCCUGUUGUGGAGACCAUAUUAACAUUGACCCUGCCAGAUGGACUACAACCAAAUUGCAAACCAUUGUCAACGCAGACCAAGUCAAUGUGGGACAAAAUAGUUGUAAUGAAGCUCUUCCUUGAGAACGUUUGCUCUGAUGAAACAGAAAACAAAAUUAAUAUCACAUUUUCGAUGACGCUGUGGAAGUUGCUAGGGAAUGAAGUCAACAUGAAGGAAAUUGGAACAUUUAAUAAGGUGGAAACUUUUCUGAAACAGUGCAACAAGAAAGCUUGCAGCGAUUGUCAGGGUUCACAGGUGAAGUGCGACCUCUGUGAAGCGGACUUUACAAGUGUUCCACUCUCGCUUCCUUGUUCAAAAAUGCAUGCUGUAUGCGAAACUUGCUUCCGAGAAAUGAAAGCAAAUAAAGAUACGAGUUGUCCAAAAUGUCACGAAGAUUUAGGGAAGGAAUGGAAAGCUAUAAAAGACAUCAAAAAGAAAAUUGGCAACGAAAAGCUGGAGAAGUACCAACAACGCUGCAACACCUUUUUUAUCGAGAUCUUGACUCAAUUGUGUUUUAAGGAUAAUUUUCCUCCUUCAAGGGAGGUUGUUGAGAAGCUACUUGGAUAUGUCGCAUACAUAUCAAAAGCUGGGCAAAUAUUCACCAAAAGCUUGAAUUUAUUUGAAACUGGACUUGAUCCUAAUCCUAUUUUCAGAUCUUUGCUUCUGCAGCUUUUGCUACGAACAAGCGAUGAAAGCUACAUUCUUGGGUACCUAAAACGUCAUUUAGAACAGAUUAAAAGUGCUGGUUCCACCAGUCCGAUCGAUGUAGUUGGCAUGUAUCUUUUGAUAAUAAACUGUUGGGAGGAUAUUAUGCUACAGCAGUUUCAAAAGGACGACCGGUUGAAUUUUGAUAAGGUUUAUAAAGCAACUGAAAAGAUACGAGUGAUACACAAUGCACAGAAAUCUUCAGAAAUCGAGUUCACUGAUCAACUAUACUGUGUUGCGAGCACAAGGGCGUGCUUGAAAAUAGCGGCUCGCUGUUUAUUCAAAAUCACAAAGAGCAAAUGCGAUGUACACGAAAUCAGCAAUAAAGACAACGAUAUAAUCAAAGCUGCCAGAACGCUGUGCGAAGAAACAGAAUCAAAAUGGCCUAAAAUAUAUCUCGUCAAGCUCAUAUGCCGUCGGUAUGGUGUAGAAGUAUAUAAAUACCUCUCAAAUUGCAUGGAAGACAGUUUAAGCUGGGUUGCGUUUGGGGACAGUUUUACAACAAAUCAGUUGGUAGUAGCUGACAAUUACAUUGUGUGUGGUAAAUCAUACAUUGGUCUGCGAGAAGCCAUUACACGAGUAGUGAUUGGUGACAAUGUCCUAAAUAUGCAAACAAUCAUACAGUGCCUGUUUGACAACAAAGAACACUACGAAACGUAUCUCUGUUUGGCAAUACAUCGUGAAAUAGCGGGUGCAUUAUUGUGUUCAUUGGAGCCUCUGUCAAGUCAGAAUUUGAAGACGCUUACAGAAUCAAUUCAACAGAACAGUUUGAUCAAUAAAUCGAACAAGGAUUUAAUCAUGAAUCUGACAAAGAACGAUCUUCAGCCUGAUUUUCUCGUACUCGCUCCCGGAAGCGACUUAUUACAUCAAAGCGUUCAAUGUUUGAUGACCCACCUGAAAAUAGUGAUGUCAAACAUGGACCAAGGCUCCCAAAUUGCCGGACCCUUUAUUGCUUUAAUGACAGGGGAUAAAAUUAUAACGAGCAUGUUUUUGCCAACAAUGCCUGAAGAUACUUUGGAAGAGAUACGCGAUGUUUUACUUGCGACAACAAACAACGAAAAUCUGCUGGUCUAUGUUUGUCCAAAUGGUCAUCGGUAUACGAUUGGGAAUUGUGGUCGCCCCUGGGUAAAGGCGAAAUGUCCGGAAUGUAAGGCCGAAAUAGGCGGCCAACUCCAUAAACCUGUCAAAGGGAACGAUCUUUAUACUGGUCAAGAUUCAACACAGAAAGGGCAUAUUUUGCAAAAAGCGGAUAAAGGUGGGUCUCCACGACCUGAAAGGGACCUAAUUCCAAUGCACUGUUCAGCAAUUAAGCUCAUACUUCACAUGGCUAUGUUCUUAGGACCGGUUGAUCAGAUUAAAGAUAUCAUUCACCCAAAUGUUGGCGAGUUCGAAAUUUCUGUUUUUUUGAUGGAUCACAUACAUGCAAACCUCGAAGAAUUGCAGACGAUACUUAAAUGCAGCGUUGACGAUGUGGUUUUACUAAUGCACUGUGUUAUAAACGAAAUAAUGUUGCACAAAGAAAACAAAACUGAUGCCUACAACAGACUCCAAACCAAAACCGCUCGAAAACAAUGGGAAAACGCGUUUUCUGCCAGUAUAUUGAACGGCGUGUUUUCGAAUCGCGACCAACAUUUGAAAACAUUUUCUAAUGUUAUUGCAAGUGACGAACGUUUAGGAGCCGAUCCUCUCAAAAGAUUGAUGUAUGAAGUCGAUAAUACAGAACAUGCGACAGAAAUACCAAAUUACGUACUAGAAAUGAGAAGCGCAUGGUGCUACCGCUAUCCAAUAACCUUGGAGAAUAUACGCGUUCAACUUGACACGGCAACACCGAAUAACCGACACAAAACAUUAAAGCAUUUCUUAAAAGAGGACUACAUUCUUAAAGCAUUGCGUUGUCUUCCAAAUAUUUUGCGACUCUGUCGAAUUCUUCUUCAACGAUUCCAUAAACGAUUGGACAAAAGAGAGGCAAAACAACUUACAGUCAAAUCUAUGAAAGAUGAAAUGUUUGCCGGUCAACACACGAUACAUCUCAUAGACGAAUUUGCAAACGCUUGGGACAUAACAAGAAAGAACCUGGGACAUUACGCCUGUCGCACAACGUUUGGCUUUGUGCGUGUCCCUAAUGAAUUUUCAUGUAGUCCAAUACAUGACGGUACACCACUGGCAGUGUUUUUGCCCGCCACAGAUGGACCUGGGUUGUGCUCGUAUGUUAUGACUCAUUUUCUGUGUCAUAAACAGAAUGAAAUGAUGAACGUAUACAUAGACUCAGAAAGACAUUCAGAAAUGCAAAAAAUAGCCCCCAUGGAUAUCACAGCAGCUCAUCUGAUCAGCUAUGAUGAAGACAACGACCUGGUGCCUUUAGUAUUAGCAAAUUGCCAUUAUGCGUUUGAAGUUGGUGUAGGAACGCAAAUCGAGUACGAUCUUGUGGGUCUGGAGAGACAAGUGAUGGAUAGGUUUUUGUUCUCGAAGUCUUUGAUUGACCUUCAAAAGAUUCCAAUGGUCGACUUAAUGAUAUACAGAACGGAACUUACAAAUAAGGCUGUACUUGAAAAAAUUGCUCAGAUAAUUCCUCAGGCCAAUCUAAGCAGCGCUAUCAAAACCCAAAUUUGCGACGAGUUGAGGUAUCUUCCGGACGUAUGUACCUCACUUCAGAACCUUGACAUAGCCAUCAGUUUCCUUCAAAUAACUGGUGGAGAUUCUGACAAAUCUCUAAAAACAUUCAUGGAGGAGAGUCUACAGAUGGGUAGCACAUUGCCAACGGCUUGCAAGUCAUGUGAGCUUCAACAUACACAGGCAUUGUGGCUUUUGCUCUCCUUUCAAAAAUCCAAGAUUCAAAUCGAUAGUGGACAAACUAAUGAGGAAACAUUUGAAACGUUACCAAAAGAAUUGCUAUGUGACAUACCCGAAGAUAUUGGUAAAAAGUUCCUAACAUACGUUAGGGUUUUAAGUUCUGAAAAAAUGUUAAACAUGCUAGAAAAACUUCACGAAUUUCUAAUUCUACACUUGGCAGUUCGUGAAAGCACCGACGAUGAAGACUAUGUCAAUAACACAGAAUAUAGUCUUUUCGACGGAUUGGAUGCUCUGAUUGAAGACGAAUUCCUCCUUGCUAGUUUUCCGAAGGAGGUAAUGUUCAAACAUAGUGUCAAUGCAUGGGUUAUGGCUUAUGAAGAGCUAAAAGUGAAAACAACACGGAAGUAAAGACAGAAAUUAAUGUGUGUGCGUGUGGGUAAACACUCAGAUGAAACUAUAUAUACAUCAGUGUGUAUAUAUGCAUGUUCUUUUCACACCCAUGUCCGUUUGCGGAACAACAAAAAGUGUAUGUUCAUUGUAAAAUAGUAUUCACAAAAAGCUUUUUAAAAAUGUGUAUAUAUAUAGAUAGCGUUAUGAGUAUUAAAAAAGUGUGUACAUAGAAAGGAAUAAAAUUAAAUGAAAGAACAUUUUAAAAAUAACUAUUAGCAAUACUUAAAAAAAAAGAAUGUGUAUAUACUUAAUUGUAUAGCAUCAAAGAUUAGAGUAUUUGAAAGAAAGGGUGUGUAUAAAUGUAUUAUUAAAAUCAAUUGAAACGUGUGUGUUUAUUUUUGUGAUUGUAAUUACCGUUACUUAAGAGCAACGUCUGUGUUGAAAUUCUAUGGCUGAAAGUUUGUUUAAACAAAUAACGGUUUAUUUUAUAUAACAAAGUGUUUGUAUAUUUACAUUAUUCUGUAUAAUUAUAACAGAGUAGGUUUAUAUAUCAUGUAAAAUGUAAUAACUUGACAUAUGUUAUUAACCGCUUAAAUUGAAGUUUGCGUGUACAGUUUUUCUGAAUCAGCACAUAGUAACAACUAUGAACUAGAUUGAAUGUAUGGCGAAAGUUUGCACGAUAAAACAUAAAUAGUAUGAAAGGUUAAGUUCGUAUUUUGAAUUGUAUUCUUUGAAGCAUGCGGUAAUAAUGCUGACACUUUGUGACGGAUAAAUUGAGUUAAUAAUAUUGAGUUUAUGUCUGUGCAUAAUGAAUUUUGUUUGGUUGAGACUAUAACUUUAGUUUUAAUAAGUUAAAUGUUAUAUGCUGUAAAUAGACAGUCUCCAUUUGUGCAAGUAAAGAAACUCUUGUGUAGAUAUAGACCAAUUCUUAUGUUCAUUUUGAACGAGCUUAGAGACAUUGUGUAAGCUAAAGUUUAGUAUAGAAAACCAUCACAUAUUAAGUCAUUAUUUUGGAUGAAUUUUGGAAACACUUUUAAAGUGUUUGUAUAUUGACAUUAUUCUAAAUAAUUGUAACAACUUAGGGUUAUAUAUAAUGUAAAAUGUCAUAACUUGAGAUAUUUUAUUGACUGCUUAAAUUGAAGUUUGCGUGUGUAGUUUUUAAAAUCAAAACAUAGUAAUAACUAUGAACUAGAUUGAAUGUAUGGAAUACGUUGCACGAAAAAAGUAUAUAAAUAGUAUGAAUGGUUAAGUUAGUAUUUUACUAACCUUGUUGUUUGAAGCAUGUCGUAAUAAUGCUGAUAUUUUAAGAUACCUUCAAACAUUAGAAAUAAUAUUGAGUUUAUGUCUGUACAUAGUACAUUUGGUUUGGUUGAGACUAUAGCUUUCGUUUGAAUAAAGUCAACGUUAUAUGCUGUAAAUAGACAGUCCCCAUUUGUGCAAGUAAUGAUAUUGUUGUGUAGAUAUAGACCGAUUCUUUUGUUCAUUUUGAACGAGCUCGGAGACGUUUUGUACAGUCUUAGCUCAAGUUUUGUAUAGAAAACCAUAACACAUUAGGUCAGUUUUUAGGAAAUAUUUUGGAGACACUUUUUUAGUGUUUGUAUACUGACAUUAUUUUGUAUAAUUUUAACAGAGUAGGUUUAUAUUUAAUGUAAAAUGUCAUAACUGGACAUAUGUUAUUGGCUGCUUAAAUUGAAGUUUGCGUAUGUAUUUUUUUAAAUCAAAACAUAGUGAUUACUAUGAACUAGAUUGAAUGUAUGGCGAAACUUUGGGCGAUAAAACAUGAAUAGUAUGAAACGUUAAGUUCGUAUUUUGAAUUGUAUUCUUUGAAGCAUGCCGUAAUAAUGCUGACAGUUUGAGACAGAUAAAUGGAGUUAAUAAUAUUGAGUUUAUGUCUGUAUAUAGUUAAUUUUGUUUGGUUGAGACUAUAACUUUUGUUUGAAUAAUUUUAAUGUUAUAUGCUGUAAAUAGACAGUCCCCAUUUGUAAAAGUAAAAAAAACCUUGUGUAGAUAUAGACCGAUUCUUUUGUUCAUUUUGAACGAGCUUAGAGACAUUGUGUAAGCUAAAGUUUAGUAUAGAAAACCAUCACAUAUUAGGUCAUUAUUUUGGAUGAAUUUUGGAAACACUAUUAAAUAGUUUGUAUAUUGACAUUAUUCUAAAUAGUUGUAUCAACUAAGGUUUGUAUAUAAUGUAAAAUGCCAUAACUAGACAUAUGUUAUUGACUGCUUAAAUUGAAGUUUGCGUGUGUAAUUUUUAAAAUCAAAACAUAAUAAUAGCUAUGAACUAGAUUAAAUGAUGGAGAUACGUUGCACGAAAAAAUAUAUAUAAAUAGUAUAAACGGUUAAAAUGUUUAUAUUUUGAAUUUUGUUCUUUGAAGCAUGCCGUAAUAAUGCUUACAGUUUGAGACACCUUCAAACAUUAGAAAUAAUAUUGCGUUUAUGUCUGUACAUAGUACAUUUGGUAAAGCUUUUGUUUGAAUAAGGUCAAUGUUAUAUGCUGUUAAUAGACAGUCCCCAUAUGUUCAAGUAAAGAUAUUGUUGAGUAGAUAUAGCCCGAUUAUUUUGUUCAUUUUGAACGAGCUUAGAGACGUUUUGUACAGUAUAAGCUCAAGUUUAGUAUAGAAAACCAUUACACAUUAGGUCGGUAUUUAGGGAAUAUUUUGGAGACACUUUAAAAGUGUUUGUAUAUUGACAUUAUUCUGUAUAAUUGUAACAACGUAGGUUUAUGUAUAAUGUAAAAUGUCACAAGGAGACAUAUGUUAUUGACUGCUUAAAUUGAAGUUUGCGUGUGUAGUUUUUUUAAAUCAACACAUAGUAAUAACCAUGCCCUAGAUUGAAUGUAUGGCGAAACGUUGCAAGAAACAAAACGUAAAUAGUAUGACAGGUUAAGUUUGUAUUUUGAAUUGUGUUCUUUGAAGAAUGCCGUCAUAAAGACACUUUGAGACACCUUCAAACAUUAGAAAUAAAAUUUAGUUUAUAUCUGUACAUAGUUAAUUUGGUUUGGUUGAGACUUUUAAUAUAGUAUGAAUAUAGUCAAUGCUAUAUGCUGUAAAUAGACAGUCCGCACUUGUGCAAGUAAAGAAACUGUUUUGUAGAUAUAGACCGAUUCUUUUGCUCAUUUUGAACGAGCUUAGAGACGUUUUGUACAGUCUAAGCUCAAGUUUAGUAUAGAAAACCAUCGCACAUUAGGUCAGAAUUUUGGAGAUAUUAAACCGUGAUGAAUUUUAUUUUUAAACAGGUUAUAAAUGUUUUGUACAUAUAAAUAUAUAUCACAAACUGUUAGUUUCUAUAAUGUUUACAUGUACAUUCAUUAUGUGUAAAUAUAUAAAGAAAGGGUGUUUUUUUUAUAUUUAGAGGUGUUCUG